UAUAGCUCACACCUCUGAAUUUUUCGUGCAACUACGCUAAUUAAAUUGUAACUUACCUAUACCGUGCAGCAUGCCAUAUUUCUAUGAUUUUGAGUAAAACGUUUUUGUAUUAAUUUUUCGUGUGUCCGGCCGAUCGCAAGGAAAGUAGCUGGAAAUGCUCCGUCAUGUGUCUGGCCUCCUGGUUUUACUAGUCCUCACUGAAUCCAAGUUUUAUCCGGUUGACCUGACCAAUUUCACGACCAAUGGGAAUCCUGAUCCAUAUAAAACUGCCGACCCAGACUACUUCCGCCAGUGGUUGAGAGACUGGCUCAACCCGGCGGCACUGGAAGUUUUCCAUAAUUCCAACUUGGCGGACUGGGAUUUCAAUACGAAUAUUACGGAUGAAUCGGAAGCCGGUUCGGUGCAACAAAGCAACCUUUCGGCCAACUUUACCAAUAUCGCCGCAAAAAUGGCGAGUACCUUCCAGAUUGACAAGAUGCCACCGGACGAACAGCUGCAACGCAUAUACAAAGCGUUGACCAUCUUGGGCAACAGUGCCCUGCCGCCCAGUGAAUUCGAGGAAUUAACCACGAUCAUUAACAAUAUGAGCAGUACAUAUUCUACGGUUGUGCUUUGUUUUGACACAACAAGCAGUGUACAGACCCUGCAGGACUGGCAGACAAGCGGCACCUGUCCCGCCGACAAGCAAACCGUUUUCGAUCCCCCCAUUUUCAAUUAUAUGGAUACGGUUUUUAACGAUACGGAUCGCAGGUUGUAUUUAUGGAAAACUUGGAAAGAAGUCAGUGGAAGACCUGUUCGGGCUGAAUAUCAGCGCUACAUAGAUUUAAAAAAUAAAGCAGCGCAACUUUCGGGUUACGCGGAUAACGGUCAGCUUUGGCGCUCCAACUACGUUGUCGAUAGCCUCAAUUACACCGAUGCAGCAUUCCUGGACAACAUGGACAACUUAUGGCAGCAGCUGAAACCAUUCUACUUACAACUGCAUGCCUAUAUGCGGCGCAUAUUAAUCAACAAAUUUCCCAACGCAAAUAUAUCGGCAACCGGACCAAUUCCCGCCCAUUUGCUCGGUGACACGAACUCCCAAGAUUGGACCGGAAUGCUGAGUUUUACGCAACCUUUCCUAAACCAACCACUACUGGAUGUGACCACGGAGAUGCAGGCUCAAGGCUACACCGUCGAGCGGAUGUUUCGUCUGUCGGCCACCUUCCAGGAAGACCUGGGACUGAUACCUAUGCCGGAUACAUUCUGGAACCGUUCAAUGUUCGUCCGGCCAACUGAUCGGGACGUGGUAUGUCAUGCGUCUUCUUGGGAUUUUCUUACCAGCUUUCCUGACGACACCCGGAUCAAGAUGUGUACCCUUGUAAAUAUGCCGGAUCUCAUUACCAUUCACCAUGAAAUGGGACACAGUCAGUAUUUUCUGCAGUACACUAAUCAGUCGGUACUCUUCCGUGAUGGAGCAAAUUCCGGAUUUCACGAGGCUGUCGGAGAUACGUUAGCUCUCAGCGUGCGAACUCCUAAACACUUGGCAUUGAUAGGACUGAAUAAAAAUAAUACCGACGACCAAGAAAACAACCUCAAUUUCCUCUACCAAACUGCGCUGGAAAAGGUGGCCAAUCUGCCGUUCUUGUAUUUGAUGGACCGCUAUCGCUAUGACGUAUUUUCCGGAAAAAUUUCGAAGGAUAAUUUGAACUCCGGCUGGUGGAAAUAUCUUACGGAUUAUCAAGGGAUUUCUUCCCCUGUUCCCCGAUCGGAGGUUGACUUCGAUCCAGGAGCAAAAUUUCACAUUGUUGCCGAUGUCGAAUACAUGAGGUAUUUCAUCAGUUUCAUCAUUCAGUUCCAGUUUCAUAAGGCUCUGUGCCAAGCUGCCGGUCAAACUGGACCACUGUACCAGUGCGACAUUAACGGGUCAAAGGCGGCUGGAAAACUGUUGGGUGACAUGUUAUCACUCGGCUCCUCACAGCCAUGGCCGGUGGCUAUGCAGCGGAUUACCGGCUCUCAGAAAAUGGACGCCGGGCCGCUGCUGGAGUAUUUCGACCCCCUGUACAAGUAUCUCCAAACUUUUAAUGCCAAGAAUAAUGAAAUGAUUGGCUGGAACACUUUGAAAAAGCCUGGUGAUAAUUCACUGCACCAUAUCAUGCUGCGGAACAUUAUCUCGUUAUCGGAGUGUCUCUUUGUGUGUCUCGUCUUGGUGCCCAAAGCGAGUGCCAAAUUUCAUCCUGUGGAUCUUAGUGACUUCUUGAAAAAUGGCGUUCCUGACAAGAAACAAGUUGGUAGUGAAGACCACUUCCGCGAGUGGCUCCAGAGUCGGUACAACCCGAUUGCACAGAAAGUGCUCCAGGAGGAUUCGCUUUCUCAGUGGGAGUACAACACCAAUAUCACCGAUGAAGAGGAAGCAAAUACGGUCAAGCAAGCCCAAUUAAGUGCCAACUUUUCCAAAAUCGUGGCCAAGAUGGUGCAGAACUUCCAGGUUGAGAAGCUGAAGGAUCUACAGCUGAAGCGGUUGCAUAAAAUGCUGACGGAGAUUGGUGAUCACUCACUAGAAGAGGCGGACAUUACAGAAUUGACCUCCAUUGUUAACCACAUGAACACUGUAUACAAUACAGCAACUAUUUGUUUUAACGCCACAAGGAGCGUAGAAACCCUGGAGAGUCUCACAAAAUCGGGAUGUCCAAAGGAACUUCAAACAGCUGUUGAGCCGGUUCUUAAUAAGUACGCCGAAAACGCUUGGGAUGACCCGGCCAAGAGAAAAUAUUUAUGGAAAUCUUGGAGAGAUGCUAGUGGGAAGCAGCUGCGGGAUAAUUAUACAAGAUAUAUUGAUUUGAAAAAUAAAGCGGCGCGGCUUUCAGGAUAUCCGGACGCAGGUGCAUUGUGGCGUGCUCACUAUGUGGUGGACAGUCUCAACUACACUGAUGCAGUAUUUCUCACAGAACUGGACGAUUUAUGGCAGCAAAUCCGACCCUUGUAUUUGCAACUGUUUACCUACGUGCGAAGAAAAUUAAUCCAGCAUUUUCCUAAAGAGAAUUUGUCAGCAACGGGACCGGUUCCGGCGCACCUGUUAGGAGACCUGUUAAGUCAAUACUGGGCUGGGAUGCUCAACUUUACGCAGCUCUUCCCUGCGAAGCCGUUGCUGGAUGUUACCGCCGAAAUGAAAGCACAGAAUUAUACUGUAGAGAAAAUGUACCGCUUGUCCGAACAAUUUCAAACCGGGUUAGGUCUGAAACCUAUGCCGGCAAGUUUCUGGAAUUUGUCCUUGCUGAGCAAGCCGGAAGACGGCCGCAAAGUCGUGUGUUUUGCCUCUUCCUGGGAUUUUCUCACGAAUUCACCUGACGAUACACGAAUAAAAAUGUGCACACAAAUCGAUAUGUCCGACCUUUUGACAGUCCACCACGAAAUGGGGCACAGUCAGUAUUACCUGCAGUAUGAAGACCAAACCCCGGUGAAUUUCCGUGACGGUGCAAACAAUGGAUUUCACGAAGCAGUGGGUGAUACUUUAGCAUUAAGCGUUGCAACUCCUAAACAUUUAGCAUGGUUGGGUUUGCUAAAGAACAAUUCGGAAGAUGAAGAAAGCGCUCUGAACCAUCAGUUUGCCACUGCUCUGGACAAAAUUGCCAAUCUUCCGUUUUUGUAUCUAAUGGACAGAUAUCGCUAUGACGUGUUCUCAGGGAAAAUCCCCCAACGCAGUCUUAACGCGGGAUGGUGGAAAUACGUGAAAGACUACCAGGGAGUCGUUGCUCCAUUCCCACGAUCUGAAUCGGAUUUCGAUCCCGGCGCCAAGUUCCACAUCGAUGCCGAUGUUGAAUACAUGCGGUACUUUAUAAGUUUCGUGAUACAAUUCCAAUUCCACAAGGCCUUGUGCAAAGCAGCCGGUUACAGCGGACCGUUGUAUCAGUGCGACAUUAACGAGUCCAAGGCCGCUGGUAAAUUGUUCAGCGACAUGCUCUCACUGGGCUCCUCUCAACCGUGGCCCGUCGCCAUGGAACGGAUAACAGGCUCGCCAAAAAUGGAUGCGGCGGCACUUUUGGAAUAUUUUGAUCCACUGCACAAAUAUCUCCAAAAAAUCAAUGCGGAAAAUAAGGAACUUAUUGGCUGGAAAUAGCUGUCACGGUUGCAGCGACACUGAAGGAAGUACGACUAUCAAGCUAUGCUCGAUGCCCCGACGUAGCGAGUGUCAUCCUUUCGUACUGGCAGCUUUCAUUUUGCUUGUACAGCAACACAUGGUAACCUGAUUUUCUAACGCUUUCGUCUGACUAUUUUUUGUAGCCAUAGGAAGUGUCCUUUCAAAAUCGCCCUGCAAUUAAAAUGUUAUUGAUCUUCGGUGGUACCUCCAUGUUAUGCAGCUUAAAAGAUAGCUAUAAUUCUUUUUUAAUCGGCAUCAGCCAGCAGUGCACUUAAUUAUUGGCGUGCGCAGGUUUACAUUAAU